AUGCCGCCGCUAGGCCCUGAUGAGAGUGUCCAUGUUCUGCAUGCCAUCAAACGAGUUGCUCGCAGGAUGCACUGUAACCCCAAGGAGAGCAGAAAGAUGCUUGAACACGGCGGCCUUAUAACCAGGCCUCGAGCCGAAGCCUGUUCCGAUCGCGGUGCCUCCGAGAGGGAGCGUCAGGAACUGCUCACGGAUGGCGCUGAGCUGUUCCCCGUGGCGCCGAAUCACAGACUCGUACCCCCCAAGCGCCUGGCCAAGAGUCAUGGGCUGGGCGUCUUGCAGGCAGGUCCGCCCAAGGCGAAGCAGGGAAGCGUAUUCUUCACGCUUCACGGCGAACGCGUCGGCGAGCUGUCCGAGUGUUUCCAGGGCGCCUUGCAUCGCGCGAUACACCCCCAGCUUCAUGGCCGUGGGAACGACAUCAUUGGUAGACUGACCCAUGUUGACGUGGUCAUUGGGAUGGACGAAGCUGUAGUCAGAUAG